CCCUAUCUCUCCCUUCGUAUACUAUAUAUCUUUCUCUAUUUAUAUAUAUAAUAGAGAAUACAGCUUUUGAAGUAAGGGGUAUUCUUUGAUUAAAAGUAGCUAGAAUCUUCUUCUUCCUCUUCUUGUUUUUGUUAUGGGUUACAAGUUGUAUAGUCUCUAGAAACUAGGGCAAAAUUUUUCAUAAAAGGGUUUAGUUUAGUUAUUUUAGGACCCUUAUUAAUUUAGGUGUAACUGUUUUUUUUUUUUUUAAUCAUGGAAGGUGAUUGUUGUUCAACUUCAAGUUCAACAAGCGGAGAGAAGAGGAAGCAAAGGCAACAACAAAAAGAGAAACCAUUCAGAGGGAUAAGGAUGAGGAAGUGGGGGAAGUGGGUGGCUGAAAUCAGAGAACCAAACAAGAGGUCUAGGAUUUGGCUCGGCUCUUACACCACCCCUAUAGCUGCUGCUCGUGCCUAUGACACCGCCGUUUUCUACUUGCGUGGCCCCUCUGCUAGGCUCAACUUCCCUGACCUCAUAUUCCAAGAAGACGACCUUAGUGACAUCUCGGCGGCUUCCAUACGCAAGAAAGCAACAGAGGUUGGGGCUAAAGUCGACGCUUUACAGACCUCUCUUCAUCACCCUUCAUCAUCAGAAUCAUCAAACCCUAGUCGAGUUUUACGGAAGCCUGAUUUGAACGAGUACCCCGAAAGUUCUGAUGAAGAUUGAAACGGUAUAAAAGUACUGAUGAUGAUCAUAAACUCAAAAAAAGAAACCGAAAAUCAACAACUGUCCAUAGGCACCACUCUUUUUUUUUUUUUCCUUAUGUCUUUUGAUUCUCAUUGAAUAGCAAGUGCCAAAAGAACAGAAUCAAUAAUAAAAAAAAGGAUUGAUUUUGUUUGAUAAGGUUAUGUUUUACUUUGGGAAUACAAAAGUUAGUUCAUGGCUUGUAACUUGUAACAUGGACAGUGAUUAGUGAUGAACAGGGAUGGCUAGCUCUAUAUGGUCAGCUUUGCUUUUUGUUUUGGGUAUUUUAUACAAUAUUUCCUUAUAUUUAUAUCUGUAUUUAUGAUGAAAAAAGUUAGAGAAAUUCAAUGAAAGAGAGGGAGGGGGCGUGAGAUUAGAGAGGAUAGCUAUGGAAAAAGAAAAACAAUGGCGAUGGCCUACAAGCUUGUGCCUCCAUAUAUUUUAAUUAGUUGCUAAAACCAAACAAAGUAGAUAAGGAGAUAAGGGUGAUACACUAGAGAGAACCAAGUACGGUACUUGGAAACUUUGCUUGGACACCACAAAAACACAGCCAAAUUAGAGAGAAGCCCCACAAAAUGAGAGAGAUAGAGAUUGGUCCUUUGAAUCAGCAGGGGAGGUUGUCACCGUCAUGAACGGUGGUGGCUUACGAAAGGGUUUGUUUGGUGGAAGUUGAUAGGUGACGCAAGGUGGGCGGUAAGUGGGCUUUUCUGUUUCUUUCUUUUUCUUUUUUAUAUAUUAAAGCUAACGUAAGUUGAUGCUUGUCUUUGGAGGUUUGAUUUUUUUGUUUUGAAUUUCAAAUGCGGAUAGACGAAGGAUUAAUGGGACCUUGAUUUUCUUUUGUAUUUAAUGAGACCCAACAUUUAACAUGUUAACCAUUGCACGAAACCCUUUUUUUUGUUGCUUUAAUUUGUUAUGGACGGUUGAUUUUCUAUCUGUUCCUGGUUGUUAAAUCCAAUCAGAAUUUUGCCUUCAGAACGAAAUAGGAAAAGGCUAAACCAAAAAGCAGACAAACAGUUUAAUAAGGC